AUGAAGACCACUCUGAUCCUUGCUCUUGCCGCUGCUGCUGCUUCUGCUCAGGAGCUCUGUGAACAGUAUGGCGUUCACAGCGAAGGCAAAUACAUCGUCAACAACAACAUGUGGGGAAAGGACUCGGGCACCGGCUCGCAGUGCACCACCGUCGACGGCAUCGCUGACACCGGUGUUUCCUGGCACACCAAGUGGUCCUGGUCCGGCGGCGAAGGCGAAGUCAAGACCUACCCGAACUCGGGCGUGGAGCUCGACGUUAAGCUUGUUAGCGAGCUUAAGAGCAUCAAAACCUCCGCCAAAUGGGGAUACGAUAAUAGCGAUAUCAACGCCGAUGUUGCCUACGAUCUCUUCACCGCAGCUGACAAGAAUCACGAAACUUCCGGCGGUGACUAUGAGCUGAUGAUCUGGCUCGGCCGCUAUGGAACCAUCGCUCCUAUCGGCAAAAAGCUCGACUCAGUUGACGUCGGUGGAAAGACCUGGGAGCUCUGGAAUGGCAUGAACGGCGAUAUGAAUGUCUACAGCUUCGUUGCUGCGGACCCCAUCACCACAUUCGCCACCGACAUCAAGGAGUUCUUCAACUACUUGGUCAAAAGCCAAUCCUUCCCUGCUGACUCCCAAUACCUGAUCAACUUGCAAUUUGGUACUGAGCCCUUUACUGGCGAUGCCACUUUCACUGUCUCCAACUGGGAAGCCACUGCCAUUUAA